AGCGGCCCUUCGCUAUUUUGUCGUCUAUUAGCCAAACAUAUUACUCGUUUUCACGUCGCCAUUGUCUCGUUUCGUAUUUUUUAUGUCCAGUCCAUCGAUUACGCGGACGGCGGCGACGAGAGCAGCUGCCCGGCGAGUUCCAACAACUACACCACCCAGUUCGACUACAGCUCGUCGUACGCCAACGACUCGGCCGGUCCGACCAAGAGACCUUCGUCGUCGUCAUCGGUGGCGGACGAAGCGCCGCCCGCCAAGAGGCUGAUGUACGAGCGACAGCAGUCGUCCGCCGAGCUGUUCUCCAGGUACAUCGCCACCUCGCUGGAAGCACUGCCCCCGCGGCUGUCGGUGCGCGCUCAAAAGGAAGUGCACGACGUCCUGAUCAAGUACAAGUUCAUGGAACUCGACCAACUGGACCAACAGCGAUGACGCCAACAGUCCCCCACAAGUCCGUCGUUAGGUAUACGCCGCUUAGAAAUGAAAUCGUCCCGAAAGGUAUACCUGGGUGUGCACAAUUUGUGUGUGUGCGUGUGUGUUUUCCCGCCGACCGSCAAUCAACGACGGAUCGUCGAUUUUCCUCGAUUUAACGAUAAUAUUAAACCAUACGUAAUUUUCGUCCCCGCGGACGUUUCGCGCGAAUUAUGUUAAUACAAUAUAAAAAGAUAAACCUUCUUAAACCGCCGUCGCUUCUGCAGCCGUUCAGCCGGUUUCUGCUCGAACGCCGAACGCGCGUAAUGUGCUCCACACGUCGUUCAUUGGUAGGUAGCCUCCCUGCCAGGUGUUGCAAGAAAAUGUUAACAAUGAUUUUAAACCUAUUGACGAUCGAGAACAGACUGUUUCGUUCAGUGAUGGGAUACGCACUCUUCAGCAUCACAUCAUUCGGCGGGGCUCGUAAUUUUAUUUCUGAUCGUUUUGUUCGCACAAUAUAACAUAUAUAUAUAUAUAUAUUUAUAUUUCCGUUUUCUCGAAACGGAUAAAUAUAUAAUAUUAUAAAGGUUGAUCGACGAUCGCUCUCUUCGGCAAAGUCCACACCGCGCACAGUUGUGCAGUGCGCAUUGUGCGUAGUAGAGCCGAGUAUUCAAAGAAUUUUUUUCCAUGCAUCCGAACCCGCGCGGAGACGUGACUUGAGGCGACGCUAAAAAUACCCAUUACGCAAAUUGGCCGCCGCUCCGACUUCAAAGCGAACGCUUUCGAAUCGAUAGGGACCGUAAUCUCGGCGCUGAAUCUGCGCGUUAUCGACUAGAGCUCCCCCCCCCCAACGUCCCCUCUACCGCUCUACCUAACUUUAGAUGAAUUUUGUUUUGUAUGAAAUCGGACCGGCGCCGAACGACGACGGGUGAACGAUAUUUUAUAUUGUUGUCAUCGCUCAUCAUCAAUCGCAGCGUACCUACACUUGGCACAUGUAUAGCUAAAGGUAUAAAUCGAUUGUUUUAUUUCCCGGCGGUGUAUCGUAAAAUGUUUGUAAAUAUUUUUUAUGACUGUUGUGUAGUUGUACUUUCGAUUUAUUGACGGACAAUAAAAUAAACGAGACGAUGUUUUUUUUUUAU